ACCAUUGUCAAGAUAAACACUUUGGCUUCCCUGGUUACAGAUUGUGUGACUAGUUCAUGAGUUGAGAAGAUAAUGAAAAUGUGAUAGAACUUUAAUCAAAUUAUGUAUCUUUACUGGGUUAGGUGAUCAUCACUUUUGUUUAAAAGGUGAAGACCAACACAAAUACAAAAUGCCACUUGCACAAACCAGACUAGAGACCCUUCAGGUCUGCAAGCUGCUACAAUGUGUCCGGGAUAAGGACAAGGCACAGAUUGAGAAGAUGUCAAUGCAGGGAGUUCCACAUCUCAUUAACUACAAUGAUGCUAAUGAGGGGCACACUGCUCUCUCUGUAGCAGCAACAGCUAACGAUGAGGACAUGAUUGACUUUCUACUGAGCCUUGGUGCUCAUCCAGAUGUAGUUGACUUUAAAGGUCGAUCUGCAGCUAUGAGAGCAGCUGAAUAUGGACAUGUGGACUGUCUUGCAAAACUGGCUGAGAAAGGAGCAAAUAUGAAAUUAACAGACAGGGAAGGAAAAGGCAUUUUGUUUUACUGUAUUUCACCAACACAACGUCAUGCAAAAUGCCUCGAGAUUGCUGUGCUGAAUGGAGCAGAACCAAAUAACACAGAUAAACAGGGAAUCCCGGUGCUAUUGCAUGCCUGUGAGACAGCCAUGGACAAUGAAGAUAUGUGCUUACUUCUAGUACAGAAAGGCGCAGAACCAAACUCCAAGCAAGAAAUUGAUAUAGAGACAACAAAGUUACCUCCAAGAAAAUUAGCCAAGGAGAAGAAAACUGGGAAGACGGCCCUGAUGGGGGCAGCUGCCAGUGGGAGCGUGAAAGUGGUGCGAGCCCUUCUCCAGAAUGGGGCUGAUGUCAAUGUCACCGAUCUCAGACAUAACCAUGCAUCACACUUUGCUGCUGCUAAUGGCCAUCUGGAAGUGUUGGCAUGCAUGGCUGGAUACGGGGCCUUGUUUGACCAGGUGAACGCUGAGGGGAACACCCCACUCCACAAUGCUGCGGCAGGCGGACAUGGCAUGUGCCUCAAGUUCCUAGGGCAGAGAGGUUGUAAUCCAAAACCAAAGAACAAUGAGGGUAACACAGCUAGAACCAUCGCCAAAGACAUGGGAAACAAGGAGGCCAUGAAAGAAGCAAGAAAAGCGGAAAAGGCUUUCGGCAAAGUUGGCAAAAAUAAUGAACCAUAUGCAAUUGCCUUGUAUGACUUUAUAUAUGAGAGACAAGAUAUGGUGAAAAACAUGUUUCAGAAGUAUUAUGACCCUGAUGAAGAGGGGACAGUGAGUAAAAAUGAGUUCCUGGACACAAUUAUGGGCAUGAGCCCACCAAUUAGUGAGGAAGAGCUGCGUCGAGUGCAGGCUGCCCAAGACAAGGGUGGGAAAGUGGACUAUAACGAGUUUAUUAGUGGUAAGAAAUAUGUGAAUAAAAACUAUUUAAUGAGUGCAUUUGAAGGUAAGAAAAAGAAAGGAAAGAAGGGCAAAAAGGGUGGUAAGAAGAAGGGGAAGUUUAAGCUUGUCAUGCCGAUAUGCACAUCAGAGGAUGGUCCUAGAACAUAUGGUGGGGGUCCCCCAGAAAUGUUUAUAGAGAGGCAUAUCCACUUCACUGACACGGGAAGGUUUGACCGAGACCACCCACCUAAACACCCAUUGCAGGAUGACUCCGCCUGGUACCUCCAGCACCCUGAGAAAACAUACCUGAACAUCAACGAUGCUGCCCGCAGUGGGGACUUUGACUCGAUGAAGAAUGCUUUCCAGAGAGGUGUCUCUGCAGACACCAGGGACAAGUACUACAAGACUCCUCUUAUGGUGGCAGCAUCUUCUGGCAACAUGGAAAUGGUCAAGUUCCUAUUGGAUAAUGGAGCCUCAGUGAAUGCACGUGACAACUUCAAGUGGACACCUCUACACCAUGCCGCUCAUGCGGGCCAGCUAGACAUCGUAGAGACUCUCUUGGCUCAGGGUGCAGAGAUGGAGGCCACUGCCAUGAGCGGAGGCACGCCCCUCACCCGCGCUAUUGAGUCGUCACGGGAACAGGUCGUUGAAUUCUUAAUGAGCAAGGGUGCCAGGGUGCAAAUAGAAAAUAAGAAAGGUCAUACUCCUUUGGACAUUGCUCAGUCAUGGGCAGACCCAAGGGUGUUGCAGUGUGUGCAGUCAAGGUUUGACAGCCUGCCACCCCUUAAGGACGGGAAAGGCAAGAAGGGUAAGGGUGGGGGCAAGGCUACACCCAAACGCCCCCAGUCGGUGCCUGCUGGAGACGGGGACCUAAAACCUCCUGGAACUGCCAGGGACAAUCCUAGCAGUGCCCGAGCCCUAAUGGAGGAGGGGCAGCCUCGUCAGAGAAAGGGCUCCAUUCUUCGGGCAGCAUCUGCACUCGCGGGUGGGCUUGAUGAGCAGGAAAACAUCACGUACACACCCCUCAAGGCCUGGACCAAACAGCCAACCACAGGGGAACUUAUUCACGAGAAAGUCGUCAAUCGGGAUCGCUUCGGCUGGGAAGUGGAUUUCGAGGACUUUGAAAUGCCGUUUAAGAAAAAUGUCUCAAAUAAAAUUCAAGAAAUGGGCGGGGUUGAUGAUGAUUGAUCAUAAUAUGGACACAUAGAGACUAUUUCAAGGGGCUUCUUCCACUAUGAAAGACUUGUGUCAUGUAAAGACACAUUUGUUUAGUCAUUUGGCAAUAUACUUUGAAUAGUUAAUUCAAGCAUUAUUUUUAUUAUAGUGUGUGGGCUUUAAUCAGUUCCAUUGGUGAGUUGUAAACCUCAUGCUCUUGAUACUUCUACAUGUAGUUAAACAGUUAAGUUUUAACAUAUAGCCUAGCAUUCGGGGAUUUUUCGUUCACUCCUGUUCUUUAUUUUUGAUACUGUCCACUUUAUUGCCAUGUAUUGGAGUCGGUCUGUGAUAAUCUGAGAAUGUAUAUCAGCUCAUGCAUACAGAUAUUUUGUAUUCUCUGUGAUAACUGCUGAUAUAUGUGAAGUCAUCUGUGAAAAUGAGUUCUUUUAUCGAAAAAAAACUAAAUUAAAAGUAAUGAAUAAACUUACACAAGAUAUAAAAGUAUU